CUGCGUCGUCAUUAUGACGGGAAGACAACGCAAAGAGGGAAGCAACGAAACGAACAAGCAAAGCAGCAGCAGGGCGAGGACAACGACCAAGAACGCACACGCACACGCACACAAUCGAGAGGAAGAGCCACCACACCCACACACACACCCACACACGGACGUCAAGCAAGCAAGCAAGCACAGAAACAACGAAACACACAACACCACCACCACCACCACCCACAACAUCUGUCAUUCUCGUCUCAUCAUUCCACGUUGCCGCAACCAGCUGCCGCUUCAUUCCUCCAACAACAAGCAAGCAAGAAGCAAAGCACCAGCAACGAAGCAGGCACUGCCUCUUGAUUGAGCGCUUGAACACUGGACCCGUGCGUGCGUGAACCACGACAGCCUGAGGAACGCAUCACCGACCUAGCAACAACACCCUUGUUGUCUUGGCGCCAUGUCGCAGUCUAAGGAGGGCGAAUGCAACAUGUCUGCGUGCUGCGGAGGCGAGUCACCCAUGCCUACGGAUGGCUCUAAACCCAAGUAUCGCCUCGUCUACUUUGACAUUCGUGGGCGCGCCGAGCCAGCUCGGUUGGCGUUCCAUCUGGCCGGCGUCGAGUUUGCGGAUGUGCGCGUGUCGCGCGACCAGUGGUGCAAGUUGAAACCCAAGUGCCCUUACGGGCAGCUGCCCAUCCUGCAAGUGGACGGCCAGAUCAUCGCACAGAGUAGCGCCAUCAUCCGCUUCGUGGGCAAGAAGACAAACCUGUACCCCGAGGAUCACAUGGAGGCAGCAAGGGUGGACGAGGUGAUUGGUCUCAUCGAAGACAUCAACUGGCUCAUCAUCCCGACCAUCAAAGAGCGCGACAUGGAGCGGAAGCUUGCGAUGCGGCGGGAGCUUGCAACAGACCUUCUCCCGCGCUGGCUCGCCGUGCUCAACUGCAAGUUCAGCAACGGCUACGUCCUCGGCCCAGACCGCAUCUCCAUCGCCGACCUCACCGCCUUUACCCUCAUCGGAUGGCUCACAAUGGGUGUGAUGGACGGCAUCCCAAAGACGAUUGUGGACAAGCACGCCAACCUGAAGGCGCUGCAGGCGCGAAUUGCGAAACAGCCAAACCUGCAGGCGUACUUUGACAAGCACUACAGCAAGGACCCCGUGGAGCAGGCGAAGGUGUUCAUGCAGGUCAAGGAGUACCUCACUGCCGCCCUCAACAAGAAGCACUGCUGCACCGAGACCAGCGAGUGGACCGAGAAGGAGCUGAACAAGCUUGGCGAUGGCUGCGGUGACCCCACUGCAGCAGCACCAUCAUCAUCGUCAUCGUCAUCGCCGCCAUCGUCGUCAUCAGCAGCGGCAGCGAAGACAGCAGCGGGCGGACGGGACGACGCGGCGACAGAGGGGCCGCCCGCAAAGAAGGCAAAGGCUGCAGCACACAAUGCCCAAGACAACAAGCAGCAGGAGCAGAAGGACAAAGAGCAGAAAGGUGGCAAGGCAGCAGCGACCAAGGCAUAAGGCCACCACUCUCGUGUCUGUCAUUCCUGCUGACACACCACUCCAGCCGUCCGCACCAGCCUUGAUGUUCAAUCCCACACAUGUCAUGUCAAGCUACUCCUUCUCGUCAUCCUCCCAUCAUCCUCUCGUCAUCUCUGUCACACAUGACAACCGUUCCCACCACUCGUCUCACUCUCUUUCCCUUUGCCUUUCUUUUCAGCAGCCCUCCCUCCUUCCUACGCUUCUCUUGUACUAUGAAGUCGUCUGUGCUUUCCUCCCCCUCUCUCUUCUUUCUCUCUCCUUUUUCUCUCUGAGUUUGCGCUCUCUAUUUGACCUGUCACGUGGCGUCUCUUUGUUCUUUUGAGGCCUGUGCGUGCUCUGUUACAACACCCCAGCAGCUCACCUGACGCGCACUGUACCUUUGACUCUCUUGAUUUGCUGCGUCUGUCUUGAUUUCGCUUCUUUUGGUCUCCCUUAGCUUCCCUUCCCUUCCCCUCCCCAUUGGUGAUGUUGUGCACGUGAGUGCCUUCGUCUCCCCCUUUUGCCUUGGCGCACUCGUGACCGUCCUUAACCACCAGCCAACCCAGCCCACCACCGUGUUCUUGUGGAGUAGCUCACGCUGUUGUGUGGUGUGCGUGUGUGCCUCUCCCGAGUCUGUGUGGUGUUGGUGAGCUGCUCACGGGUGCCGUUCUGUCGAUCAGUGUUCCUUUAUGGCUGUUCGCACAGGAUGUGAACACCCGCAGCGAGCCAGCGAGGGCUUGGGAGGGCUCUAUCUCCACAGCGCUGCUCUCCACAGCACUGCUCUGCACAUCUCCUUAUCCCUCUUACCCUUCCUCUCCACCCACUCGCUUUUCUCGCCAUCCACAAGACUUCGUAGAGAGUUAAGUAAACCCCCCUCACACAUG